GCAGCGGCUGGUUGGAGAGGGAACUUCAGAAUCUCACUUGACUGUCGCGGCAGAUGUCAGCGCGCGGAUAAUCGAGGAUCUCACACCUGAGCGAGAGCGCCGCGCAAAGACGCCGGAUGGAUUGGAUCUGCGCGAUCUCGAUGUGGAACCAGCGCCAGUAGUUGCAGGGUCAGUGGAUAAGUGAAUGUGCGCGCUCCAUAAAAACACUGAAAGAAGAAAAGACAAAUUGUAGCGUCAGGUUCGGUUUGAGUGGAUCAUUUGGAUCGUUUCUGUCGCCGUGGAUUGAUUCGCACUUCGCGCUGCCCUUCGUGGAUUUGAUGGAUUUGUGACCGGUGGAUGUGAUGCCCAUUUAUAUCAUCGACCGAAAAUUUCCCGACGCAUCUGGAGAGUUGUUGCAGCCGGAAGCUGACAGAGGAGAGUUUAAGAUGACAGAGACCAAUCCCCCAAAGUCUGCUAAGAAGCUCCACUGGACGUCUCUGGAGAUCGGGCUCAUCACCAUCGUGUCCUUGCUCUUUAUUGUUAUAGUUGCCCUCGUCAUCCUCUUCGCAACACAGAAGACUGAUGAAAUCUGCACCACGGCCGACUGCACACAAUCAGCUUCACGUCUCAUUGACAACAUGGACGCCAGCGUGGAUCCCUGUGAUAACUUCUACCAGUACGCCUGUGGAGGCUGGCUGAAAAAGAACAUCAUCCCCGAGACCUCUUCCAGAUACAGCACCUUCAAUAUCCUCCGAGAUGAACUGGAGGUCAUCCUCAAAGGAGUUCUUGAAAAACAAGUGGACGAGGAAGCCGCUGCUCUCACUAAGGCCAAGACCCUCUACAAGUCCUGCAUAAACGAGAGUUUGAUCGAGCAGAGAGGAGGUUCCCCAUUGCUGGAGAUGCUGCCCGACAUGUUUGAGUGGCCCAUUGCUGUGGACGACUGGGAGACCAAUUACGGUGAAACAUGGAGGCUGGAGAACGUUAUCGCCAAGCUGAAUGAGAAAUACGGAACUCAACUUCUGGUCAACUUCUUUGUUGGAGUUGAUGACAGGGAUUCAAAGUCACACAUCAUUCAUUUUGAUCAGCAGACCAGCCUGGGCCUUCUGUCCCGAGAUUACUACGCCUGCACGGGACCUUAUGAAGAAGCAUGUCGAUCCUACGGGCAGUUCAUGGUUGACCUGGCUAAAAUGAUCCGGAGUGACCGAAAGCUGCCCAUCAACGAGACCCAUAUCAGGGAGGAGGUGACAAGAGUGAUGGACCUGGAGAGGGACAUUGCCAAUGCCACAGAUACUCCGGAGGACCGCAAUAACCCGGUGCUGCUCUACAACAAAAUGGAGCUCGGUGAUAUGAAUGCCAACUUCACCCUGGAGGUCGACUCACAGGUGUUCAACUGGAGCUACUUCACCACAAGGAUAAUGGACAAAGUGAACAUCAGCGUUACAGACACAGAGAAGGUCAUCAACUACUCGCCCAACUAUUACAGAAGACUCAACCUGAUCUUAGCUCGAUACAAUAAGAGGGAUUUGCAGAACUACAUGGUGUGGCGCUUUGUCAUGAACAUUGUGGUGGGCCUGAGCAAAGCCUACAGAGACACUAACAUAGCUUUCCGAAAGGCUCUGUAUGGCACCACGUCGGAUGCCGCCGUGUGGCGACAGUGCGCUCGGUACGUCAACAGCAACAUGGACGACGCGGUGGGGCGGCUGUAUGUGCAGGAGGCUUUCUCAGAGAAGAGCAAAGAGCUGAUGGAAAAGAUGAUAAAAGACAUCCGGGAAGUUUUCAUUAGCAACCUCCACGACCUGACUUGGAUGGAUGCCGAAACCAGGAGAGCUGCCGAGGAAAAGGCCAGAGCUAUCCGUGAGAGGAUUGGUUAUUCCAACGACAUCAUGGACGACAAAUACCUGAACAAUGAGUACAAAGAUCUGAACUACAGUGCAGAGGAGUACUUUGAAAACAUCCUACAGAACCUGGAGUACGCGCAGAAAAAACGCCUGCGCAAACUCCGAGUCAAAGUCAACAAAGAAGAGUGGGUGACAGGGGCCGCAGUUGUCAACGCGUUUUACUCAUCCAGCAAAAACCAAAUAGUAUUCCCCGCAGGUAUCCUCCAGCCUCCCUUUUUCAGCAAAGCCCAGUCGAAGUCCCUCAACUACGGCGGCAUCGGCAUGGUGAUCGGUCACGAGAUAACACACGGCUUUGAUGACAACGGGCGCAACUAUGAUAAGGACGGUGACCUUAAUGAUUGGUGGACACCAGGAUCCACUCAAAGGUUCUUGGAGCUGUCAAAGUGCAUCGUGGAUCAGUACAGCAACUUCUCUUGGGACCUGGCUAAUGGACUCCACUUAAAUGGCAACAACACCCUCGGGGAAAACAUCGCUGACAAUGGCGGUAUACGGCAGGCCUAUCAGGCCUACCAGAACUACGUCCGAAAGAACGGAGAGGAGCCGCCUCUGCCUGGAAUUGACCUUUCACAUGACCAGCUGUUUUUCCUCAAUUUCGCUCAGGUGUGGUGUGGAACACACAGACCAGAACAGGCUGUGAACUCGGUCAAAGUGGAAGUCCACAGUCCAGGAAAAUUCAGGGUUCUGGGCUCACUUCAGAACUUCCCAGAAUUUGCCAAAGCCUUCAACUGCAACAAGAGCAGCAACAUGGUACCUGAGAAUGUCUGUCGCGUGUGGUGAUCCGCCGACACAUGUCCAAGACCGCGCAGGUGCGGUCCACACUGUCCCCUACAGAACCUUUGACUGUAGGAAACUCCAAUUGUGGCUACCGGGAAGCAGAAGCUGCCCUCCGCUCUUCUCUGAAUGGACCAGGACUCAUCAGUCCUGACACUGCAGUGCGCACUUGCAGAGAGAACAGUGACGGACAGUGUCCUCGGGACAGAACCAGCAGUGUCUGUCCGCCUCUGAUACUGUACUUCAUUCACUUUAAAUCCUCUGUUUCUCUUUGGAUACAGCCUCUUCUUUGUUUUCUGUCCCUCCAUUUCUUUUGUCUCAGCCUUUCAUUAUUUAUGAUUUACCAAUGUGCUUAUGCAUAGGCGCUGAUCCAGAAAAUGCCAAGCAUCCGCAGAACAUUGUAAGCUGUCAUGAAGAUUAAGGCUAAAUGGUCAGGCUUUGUCUGCGGAAGAAAUGUCUCAUCACAUCAACUUACAAUGUCACCAUUAAAUGUCGCAGUAGUCAUUUCAGAUUUGGGGAAAAUGACUCUGUUUAUUCAAGCAGGCUUUCAAAGUGUUGUGUUGAAGGGGGAGCGAGACAUCCAUGAGAAUUCAGCCAUCACUAUGUAGAACGUGCCGCUUUUUGUAAUUGAGUCAUCGUAAAUGCUUUUCCUUAUCAGAAAUUGGGCACCAUUGUCCAAACACAAAUCAGCGUCUAUGUUCAUGGAACAGUGUUUGUGUGUGUGUGUGUGUGUGUGCGCCUUUCAUUGUUGGCGAUAGAGGGGCAGACGGAUAGAUGCGCUCGAGCCCACUGGCAUGAAUAGAGUGUACGCCCACUCACACUCAAAAAACACAUGAGACAGGACUGAGCACUGCUGCAGGACUGUGUCAUUCGCCUCACAAAAGCUGGAUUUAGCCUCCGUCUUCAUACGCACUACAAUCAAUCGAACACCCACAUUCAUACGUACACGGCAGAUAUCUCAAUAUACCUUUGGUAUUAGCGAAAUGACGACACCAACAACAGUGCUAUUCCGACAAAAACGCCUUUGACGACAGUUUGUAGGCACCUGCUGUUCCACUGCUCUAUCUCAAACCCACCAAACACAAGUUCUUUGCCUUUCAGAUGACAGCUGCUCCUGAAUCAGUGAGCCGACAAUUGACAGGCGCCAGAUCUCGCCGCGCACAUUUACCGCGCCGUGUUUGUUGUUUCCGCACAGAUGUCCAUCUUUUAAGGAUUAUUUCCGGCAGCGUCACAAUGGUUGCCUGCCUCUGUUUGUCACACACACACACAAAAAAAUCUGUAUGCCUUACAUCAUCCGUCGUGCUGCUUUGUGGUGGUGCUUGUCACAUUUUGUUAUUUGUCCAAAUCUUUACUGUUUAACAAGAAAUUCGUUCCGCUCUGUUUUAUGAGAAAUUGCUAUCUCGCACUGUAAGAGCUCCAAUUUCAAUGCUUGUGUCUGGAGGACUCCCCAAGUGCCGUCCUAAAUAACUUGAGGUGACUGGCCUUGUUUUAAUCUACAUUUACUCAAAAUACAAAAUUCCUUCAAUCUAAAUUGCGCACGUUUAGGCGGAAUAUUUUUUUAUUUGAUUAUUGUUUUCCAAAACAGUCCAUCUGUACGAUUUUAAUUGAACUGUAAAACAAAGCAGUACGACCUGAAUGAUACCAGCGUACUAGUUGUCAUUAUCGUAUCAUGAAUGUGUCAACGGAACCAUUUCAACUUCCGCUGUGUGACAGCACAACACCUUACAUCGACCUAGCAUCUGAUCCUGAGUUUGAAGACGUGGUGUUUGUCGUUACAUCUGUGGAUUUUAUCCUUCUAGUUGAACUUAAAAGUGGCUUUUAUUUAUACAAACAAACAAGGGUUUUGAGGGGCGGAACAACACAAUAGCUCAACAUUUGCGAUUAGCUUUUGGAGUGGAGCUGUGAAACAAUGCCUUUACUUUUAUACCGAUGUUGGAUGAUGAAUGAAGGUGAUUUAUGGUGUCAAUCAUGUGUGUAACUUUAUAUAUUUUUUAACCGUGUUUGUUUCUCCUCAGCUGUCGCUCACUCUGACAUAUGUAUCUCUCUACCCCGCUUUCUCACACAUGCAACUUUAGAAAGACGAAUAUACCUCAGUUGCCUGUAUUAGAUAUUUUAUAAUAAUUUGAUACUCAUCAUGAGGAUCAUUUGUUU